UUAGAUAAACCGCCGAUAAGGAAUUUUCUCCAAACAAGCCUCAAGAGAAGAGAAAAAAAGAACAGCCAGAAUCUCUCCAUACUCCCCCCACAGCAACGAUCAAGCAUCAACAUUUCCUUCCAUCCGUGCUGCUGGCAGUACCCCUCUCCACAUCUACAAUUUUUAACUCAUCUUGAUAUUCAUCAUGGCCCAGGGUCCGCUUAAGAAGGGAAAGCCCGGUGCUAAGCGGUAUGUUUUAUGUCUUUUUCUUUCUGUCUACCUUUGUGAUAUAAGAGAUAGAGUACCGGCUAACAUAUUUUUAUCUUAUAGUCCCGCUGCUCUCGGUCCCAGGAGAGGUCCUCAGACGAUUGCCCCCAAGAAGGCUGCCCUGAUCAAGCAGACGAAGAUGACCAAGGUGCGUCCCGCAACUUCCACUACCACACCCUCUUUUCCCAUCCAGAAAUACCGGUUACUGAUAGAUGGCUCUGUGCAGAAACUCACCGCGGGAAUGACGGCAAAGACGGAGCGCGCUCUUGCUUCCAAGGCGGGACAUUUGGAGUUGCUUGCUGGUGGCAAGAAGGAUAAGAAGGCGGCAGACAAGACUGGGAAGAAAUGAGCUGAGCAGAUGUCCAUUUUUGUCGAGUUGUAAUUGAUUUGUUUUUUUUGGCCCUGGGAGUACGGAUGAAUGGAUGGGUUUUUCAAUUUGCGUCCGUCCAUUCCGACCCAGUAAAAUAUAUACUAUACUAGAUACGAUUAAUGAAAGAUACCCUAUCUAACAUUAGAUGU